AACACGCUUGUGGCCCGGCCGCCCUGGUCCGUGAACCUCUCUCAGACGUUCUUGUGAUCGAGUUGCCUCCCACUCCUUUCCCCCUUCCCCAAUAUUCAGCAAUAUAGCAUGCUCUGUAUCUGAAGAGUCGAAUCUCAGUCGUCUCUGUAUAUAUCCUCCUCCCUACCUCAAGAUGGAUAAGUUUGUAUCUAUCACGAAGCCGGCAGCAAACCGUGCAAUUGCCAAUGAAGACAAGAACAAGGCUCAAGAACGUGCCAAAUUCCGUUAUAAUCCCUACGGUGUGAAGAAGACGGACGAGCGGCGUUUCGAGUCUUGGAAAGAGAAGAAGAAGACUGAGAAAAUACUUGCACCCCUCCUAAAUGACGGGAAAAAGCCGUCCUCAUCAGCCUUAACCAAACAUCUGCUUGGUACCCUUCCCGAGAAGUCGAAUCCCAUCACGCACUCCGAUAUCUACCAUCGGACAGACCACAUUGUAUCCGCAGCUACGGGGCAUCAGCGCUCAGAUGGCCGCGGGCAACUCAACAAGGAUUAUGUAGCCUCACGGUCCACGAAACUCAGGCAACAGCUCCCAGAGCGACUGCAGGGCCCUGAGGGUGAUAUCCUGAGUGGUGUCAAGGUCUAUAUCAAUGGCUAUCUCGAAGACACGACCGAUAUCGAGAUGAAGCGAAUUGUCACCUUGGCUGGGGGCCACAUGCUUCAGACAGCGUCUGGGGCGACACAUAUCCUUACGUCGCAACAGCUCAGCGGAUCCAAGACGCAGAGGAUGCUGACUACACGUUCAAAAAUCAAAGUGCACGUCGUCAGGCCCGAGUGGGUGACGGAUAGCGUCAAGGAGGGGAAACGUCUGCAGGAGCGUGAUUACGCUGUGGUUAUGGACACGUCCUCUCGCAGUAUCCCAACAAUGUUCUGCAACAACAGCGGACUUGGACAGUCGAGUUAGAUUUAUGGUGUAUUACUAUGAAGACGGCGACGGACAACACCGACCCUUUCCCGUCCAUAUACCCCCUGUAGCCAUACUCGAUGACUGUUCGGAUUCCGUUCGAAUGAGACGAUCAUAUCAUAUCAUUCCCCCCUCCUGGCAUCUGAGCAAUACAUACUCGAUCGGAC